CUUUCCUGUGACAUUAUUCGUUAGCAUCUCAGAGAAUCGCACGAUCGACAAGUUGUCGUCUCCUUAGAGUACGAGUACUUUGAUUGACAUUACGUCAUUUGAUCACAACUUUUUCUCCCUCCAUCAUCCUCAGCUCUUCUGCAUUGAAAUGGAUUUUUGUUCGUUGAACGAUUUGGUGAAGCAGAACAUUUAUCGUCCGUUUUUUCGGUUCCGGCAUGAAGUGGAACAGACCAACGAUUACCGGGUCGUCGUAGUGGGUGGCGCAGCGACCGGCAAAUCGUCGCUCGUCCUCCGAUUCGUCAGGGACACCUUCAACGAGCGUCACAUUCCAACCGUCGAAGACGUUUAUUGCCAAAACGUGAAUUUGGUUUCCCAUCAACUCGACGGGGAGGUGGUCUCGUGCAACAAGAAUUCCGUCUGCAACCUGCAGAUCGUCGACACGACAGGCUCUUACCAGUUCCCGGCCAUGUUACGGCUCAACAUUUCAAAGGCCCACGCCUUCAUCAUGGUCUAUUCGGUCACGUCCAGGCAAUCCCUCGAGGAGCUCAGACCCACCUGGGAAAACAUCCUAGAAAUCAAAGGUUCGAUGGAGAAUGUGCCUCUGAUGUUGGUGGGCAACAAAUGCGACGAGACGGACGCCAGGGAACUGACGGCCAAGGAAGGAGAAGAACAGGCCAGGCAAUGGUCCUCCCACUUCAUGGAAACGUCGGCCAAAACCAACUACAAAGUCAAAGAACUCUUCCAAGGGCUGUUGAGUCUGGAUAAGGACCGAAACAUGACGAUUGUCCAAGCGGAAUCGGACAGACAACGGGGAAGUCGUCAUUCUCUCAAACACUCGUCAUCUGAAGAGUGAAAAUCACUUGAUCUUCACCUUAUUUGUAAUUUUUAAAAAGGAAUUUUUGGCUGUAUUACUUCUCAUAUGGAAAUGGGAUUGCGGAAAUGAAUUGAGCGAAACCCCCGA